CUCAACUGAUACAUUGUAUGCAGCACUACAGAGUGAUCCUGAUUCCCACCAAUCGAUGCUCUAGAAAUGGAGUUUGUGUCCGGAUACCGAGAUGCCAUGGUGGACUUUUCGGAGCUCUUGUUCAGCUGGUACAAGAAGUAUCUGUCAGACUGUGCCAGCCAGAUUAAUAGAAGGAUGCCCAGCAAGCAGCGGGAGGGGGUCAUUAGAGAGCUGCCCCAGGACACCCAGUGCUGGACGUUCCAGGUUCUACAGAACAGGAACAUUAGUUUCCAGCUGAGGAACCCCGAGCUGCAGAUUGUCAGCGGAUUUUACAGUGACGACUCUCUGCGCUUGAAGGACCUGGAUAAAUAUAUCAGCCUUGUGGACCUCGAUGGAGAGGGCAAUGAUGAGGUGAAUGGCGGUGGUGCUGAUUACUUAUACCGUAUUGAUUACUUGCUGCUGGUGUUGGACGAGACUGGCAUUGUGCUGGGUGUGGAUUUCCUGAUGGGCACCAACCAGGGCAAGCAAAAUGAUCUCUAUGUGUGGAGAGUAAGGGCAUAUAACUUGCUUUACCAGUGUAUGAUGAGACCCAUGGCAGGCGGAGGACCUCGAAGGCCUAUAAGUUUGGCUGUUGGUGAUCCUUCAUUGCACGUAUAUUUUGAGAAGUUGCUGCCCACCUUGGGAAUCCACCUGCAGAAGAAGCACCUGAGAGGCUGGUCAUUGACUGAGAACUUCACCUUAUCCUCCAAGGCAGUGAGGAGCUGCCACGUGUGUAAGAAGAGGAGCUUCGAGACCACAUUGUCCCCUUGUGGUCGGUGCGGUGCCGUCCUGUACUGCUCAGAGACCUGUAAAUCUAGGGACUGGAACAAGAGUCCAGUGAAUAUGAGCCACGAGUCCUGGUGCGGAAAGAUGGCACAGUACAUGGAGUUUGAGAAGAAACUCGCAGACCUGCCGUUCCACUUUAUCAAAGAAGUAACUAGCCCAUCGUUUGACAAGGAGCGUUUUCUGUCUACCCAUCGGAUUACCGAAGGCUACUGGCUGGCUGAAAGUAUUCAUUAUCAUUCCCAACGCCUGCUUCUCAAGAGACCUGCCUGGGACCUGGAUGGCGGCAGAGAGGGUAACGAACCCUUACCAGCGGAUGUGGAAGCCAUCUUACAGAAAUUUCCUGCAGCGGGAUGGAAAAACCCAUUGGUGACAUGGCAGGAGUAUUACAACUGGAGAGGUCUGCCUUUAGACAAUCCCAUUGCUGCACUUCUCACCUACCCACUAACAUUAUUCCAUGUCAUAACUAACGUGGUUCCCCAGAAUUUUCCUGAGCUAAACAUCUUAAAGAAGCAAUCCCUGAAAAUCCAUAUAAUAGAAGGGAGGCGGGAGUAUGAGAGUAUCUUGUUGUUCUGGGAGCUCACUAUCCUGAUGCCCAAUGUGUCUUUCGAGCUGGUGUUCGUCGGCGAUGUUUUACCGUUGGAGGAAGAUAAGAGACACUUCAUUCUGCGUCGGAUGGGAUCCAAAGUGAUUUGCACUGAUCUCACCUCCCCUAACCAACACAAAGGAGAGAAAGGCAUCCACGUUAAAGUGCAUUCCCAUUCCUACCACAGCCUUCAGGCCUCUAAACCUGACCUCGUAAUUGGUUUCAAUCCCGGAUUUGGGUUAAAUGACACGUGGCUGAGCACCUUACCAAGACUGCAGUCUCUGAAAGUUCCUGCAUAUUUUUCGGAGUGCUCCCAAUACAGCUGUGACGUGGACAGUCAGGUGGUGGCAAUAGCAACUGGAGGCACUUCCAGCACUCCGGUCCUCAACCCCUUCCGCUCGCCCUUGAGGAUUCCAACCACUGAUAACUGCAUGCCAUGGUACAAUAACGCCUUCCUCUUCUACUUAAUCUACAAGUCUGGAGCCAAUAAUAGCAAACAGCAGCAUCAGCCAUCACAACCGCAGGAGAUGCCAGAACCUGCCCCCGAGCCUGCAUUCGAACCCAACAUGCGCCGAAAGAAGAAGCAGGGAGGGCGCAAUAAUAAGAAAUACAGAUAGAUCUACUAUAUCCAUAUUACCCUCAUUACUUACCAAUGAAAAAUAAAC